AAAUCGGUUUUGACCUUUGUGAACUACUACUAUUUUGCCAACUACCAUGUUUCCACGUGUGUAGUACUCUUCAAUUUUUAAUGUUUUGCCGAAGUCGCUCUACGGUCUAAGUGUAGACUAAACCGAACCUAUAAAUCACGGCCUAAUGGCUAAUUCUAUACCUCACAACUUGGUCAGCACCCCCUUCAUACGAGUCUCUCAAGUCAUGCUCCACUUCAAUGCUCAAAAAGUAGUUGUUAUGAUUAGGUAGUUCCGCACCAAUUUCACUUCAUUCCUGUCUUGUUUAUAAAGGCAAUUGCCAACCCAAAACACCAGCGAUUUCACCUACCAUCCUAGAGCUUCCCACCAUGUCUUUUUUCUGGUUCUCUAACUUGGUCCGUAUGCACCUCUCAUGGCCUGUGCUAACCUAUGCUGCCACGUGGAUAAUUCUGCUAACGUUGACGGUGGCAGUGGCAUCUAUGUCACCGCAGGUGGCAUUUGUCUCCGCCAUAACGCCUUCAUCUUCGUUCUCUCAGAAGUGCAGCAGUGGUGGGUCCAUUAGAAUGCCCCUGGAUGUUCCAGGUGACAUCCUGUGUUUUCCUGCUCAUAUUUUCGUGAGGUCCAAGGUUGAUCUAAUUGUUCCACCCGUCUUUGCAGCGGUAAUUGUAGCGGCUUCUGCUUGCGUGGUUCGUGCUGUGGGCUUGUGGGAGCAUGACCAAACUUCUUCAAAUGCAAAUUAACUUGGUUAUUGGUAGUUGUCUUGGGGUCAGAUUUUCCAUACCGCCGGCAAGAGAAAUUAUUAAAUGGUUCAGGAUUAGGAUUACGUCAAUUUUCAUGUGACACAAGUUUUUCUUAGUUUCGGACAAAGAAUGAAUAAAACAAAAUUAUGUGUCACGUGAAAAUUGAGCAGGAUCAUGGUUGUCCAAGAUUAUAUGAUAAUUUCUAGUUGGGGAGUGCUUCUGCUAAACACGACCUGACGUGGAGAUUAGGCUUCCCCUGUUUGUAAACACAAGGCUAAGAAUUUGAGCUAAACUCAUUGAUUCUAUAAACAUGGGCUCAUUUGUCUUUGUAAAUCAACACAAAGACAUUGUCAGCUAUGCUGUCUUUGUAAUAGACUUCAGAAUUAUUCAAUUGCCAGCAAUCAUGUUGAAAUUCCUGUUC